GUGUUGUUUCCUGGCCGACUGUUUUUGAGAGCGGACCGCUCAUCCGGUGGGCUUCUCUCGCACCGUGGGGACCAUCGACGGUGGCCUGGAAGGGACCUUCCGAUGGAGGAAGAGGAGGCGAGAGAUUUUGAUGAACCUUGUGCAAAAUGUAUUUCUGUCGACUGGGGUGUUACAGAAGAAGGAAAAUUUUACUGCAGAUCUUGCCACACGGUCACAGAAAGAACUCGAGAAGUUAUAACUGGUGACGUUGCUUCAAAUGCUAGAGCACAAUCGCUUUGUAGAGGACUAAAAAAGAGGAGGAAGUUUGAUAAAGGCUGGGAAUGGUAUAUCUGUGAAGGCUUUCAGUAUAUACUCCAGAAGCAAGGUGAAGCUCUGCAGUCCUUAGGAGUUUCUUCACACAUAAAGGAUGAAGUUUUGUAUAAUCUGUGGCGAAGAUACCUUCAGAAGAGCAAGCUGGCUUUUUGUAAGAAGCCUGUCAGUGCUCGUACUCCUGAGAUUUUGUCAAGCACAGAUACUGAAGCAGAGACAGAGACUGACAUUCCUGAAAUUCUUCGCUUGGCUUCCUCUGCAAGUGAUACAGAUAUAGAUGCUGUGUCUUGUAUUACAGGUGGUUCUUCUGCAAGCAAGAUGUCAAAAACAUCAGUCUGGUCUGGAUCUGUGGAUGGUACCUUAUAUUUAGGAAGAAGAAAAAAAGGGGAUAUGAGAAUGUCCAUGCCAAUGACUUUGGCUUUUUGCUCUUUAGCAUUGCUCUGGCUGAGAGAAUCAAUAACACUAUCAGAUCUCUUAAGGUUUGUAAUGGAUGGUUACAUUCCUUACUUGAAUACUUAUAAAGAUUUCCCAGAAGAGAUGAAGGUAUACGGGGCUGACCUCAAGAUCUUUAAUGUGACUUCCUGGCCUACAUAUGAAGAUGUCCACAAAAAAUUGCAUGACCUUGCAAAAUACAUCGAGCUGCCAUGUUUUCCAGAUAUAUCAGAGAGCUGCUUCCUUCAUCCAAACAUUCUUUGUAUGAAGUACUUGAUGGAAGUUAACUUACCUGAUGAUAUGCACAACUGGACAUGUAGAGUGAUUAAAAAAACUGGCAUUGGUGAAAUAGACUUCCUGAAGUUACAGCCUGGAAAGAAAUCACCCGAAAGAGUGAAAUAUGACAUUCUUGCUGUAGCCACUGUUAUAGUGGUGCUCAAAAUCCUGUUCUUUUUGGAUGACAAGUAUGAGUGGCAACUGGCAGACAUUGCUAAAGAGAAGAACAAGGACAACAAAGAAGGAUCUCCAGUCUUUGAUAUUGAAAAAUGGUAUGGAGUUAUAAAGAACACUCUGGAUAUCGAACAGAAGAAAUUUAAUGAAGAAAGGAUCAGACGUUUAUGGAGAUGUGAGAAACCGGUAUUCUUUUCAGCAACAAAAAAGCAUAUAGUUCACAAAAGGCAUCAAAUGGUAGUGAACCUUCAAAAGCAAUUCCGUACACUGUCCGGCUCCACACAGCCUCCUGAGAAGCAAAAACCUUCAGCGUUCCAGCUGAAUUGGACUGAAGAAAGUACUGACAAGCCCUGUUUUUAUGAGCACAGCCUUGCUGGCAUUUUGCAGCAAAAAUGUGCUGCAUUUCCAGCUCUGAACAAAAACUAUUGGUUUGGCACUACUAAGCUGUGCACAAUGAACUGUGGUAAUUUGUCACACUACAAAGAAUCAGACUUCCCCCAUACCUACCGAUUUGUGUUAGGUCUGUUCUCCUUCCUUCUGCGAGUGCAGCCUUCUCUCAUCCACGAGGAAGUAUGUAUAUUGGAGCAUAAACUUUUUAAUUCAAAACUUUCUAAUAAAACCACUGUGUUCAAAACCUCCAGAAAGUGAAUGCAUCUUGAGGGAACGGAGUCCUGUAAUAACUGAAAUGCUGUAGGUGAAAUAGGUGGAACGGUCCAUACAAAAUGAGAAAUUGCAGCUGGGAAGAUAUUUUCACCUAAUCUUUUUUUCUUGCUAUUCCGUACCAAUGAUGUUAUAAAAUUUUGUUUUCGUUCAGUAUUGCCUUUUUUAUUGAAAAUAAAAUAUGUAAAAAUGUGCUCUAAUAUAUUGACUUGUCACACUUUUGUAAUUUUUUUCUAAAGAUAAAAAUUAAAAAAAUAUUGUUUUUCAA